CCACACCAUGUGACCUGUGACGUAUAUGGAGAAAAAAUAUCUUUACCUCUCGAUUUCAUUAUCGUUUUUCUAUAUUGUCUAUUUCACAGGGAAACGCUUUGAAGCUCUCUAAAGCCAAGAAGAAAUAUUUCAAGAUGUCUGUACCGGCUAUCGCUUCCAUCCUCGCAGCUUUGUUGUCUGUCAGUCUUGUCAAGGAAGGGAUAGAUGCACAGACUUGUCAAGAUGUAAAUGACUGUACCACAGAGUACGAAUCCGCUGAAGCAGUAGCCGGACAAAACCAGGGCAAAUUAUGCAAGGCUGUCAAUGUUUACAUAACAUGCCUGGAGGCUGCGGGAAAGAAAUGUAACAUUGACGUCACACCCACAUUAGAGGCCGCGGAAGAGACUUUGAUUCAGUUUUGUACAACAUCAAAAGGUGGCUAUGCAACACCUUUCCUUGGCUUCUUUACCAUGGUUCUGGGAGUUUUGAUUUUAAGAUCUGUAUAAAUUAAUGAGGAAAAAUUAGGUAAAAAGAGGAAAAUGCGAGUCUUUUGCGAAUUGGUACAUGUAUUUUAUUUUAACAAAUAGAUGGUUUUUUAUCUAUAAUCUGUCAUAAAGGACAAUUUUUCUUCACACUGAUUGACAGUACUUGCCACGAAUGUAUUUUUUCUCUAUUUUUACAGUUAACUAAUUUGUAUUUUCGAUGUCUUAAACACAGAAAAAGACAAAUGAUAAGAACUUUCCAAAGUUACCUUAUUUCAUUUGACUUUUAUUAAUGUUCUUUAUGCUUUCUUUUCUCGCAUGUAUUAAAGGUAGUCUAAAAUA